CGUGCGCUCCCGUGAAAGCCAAGAUCAAGUUGUUGGUGUUGUUGUCGCUCUCGUAAUUUUGUUUUGGGCGUUUCGCGCGUGGCCCGCAAAUUAUUGUCUAACACAUCGUCCGGAAUUAUGCCGCGACAGCGCCGUGAGCGUCGAAAUCGAGAGUGUUUCCGAGUCCAAUGACCAGCUGAAGCCGCAGCAGCAACUGACGCCAAUCGCGUUGCAAUCGAAAAGCAAAUCAAAAUCGAGAAACCUACGCGAAUUGCAUUGUUUUUACCAAAUGCAUAAACCUUGACCCAAAGAAAUAUAAAAAAUUAAAGAAAGAGCUAAAAGUAGUGGGUGAAAAGUUUUUCCUUUGUUCAUUAUACAACAACAAGUUAAUUACCAGACAAUUGACCUAGUUCGAGUUGAACUUUGCUUUAGCUCUUGACGAAGGAAAAAUGCCGUUGAACAGUUUGCAAAUUGCAAUUGAAUCAUCUUUAAAUUGGCGGCUUUUAUUGCCGCUCGUUGGCUGCAUCGUUUUUUAUGCGCCUUUUGCCGCUGGACAAAACGCAGCUGUUGUGGCGGCUGCCGUUGCCGCGGGUCAAAAUCAAUCGCAGGUCUAUGUGACUGAAUCUUGUUUGGAGAAACCAUAUCGGUGUCCACAUCCCAAGAUACAAUUUUAUCUGUACACGCGACGAACUCAGGAGCAACCGGAAUUUCUCGAUGUGCUCGAUGCGAAUUCCUUGUACUACACACACUUUAAUCCACGUCAUGCCACAAAGAUCAUCAUCCAUGGCUUUGGCGGUGGCAGAACGCUGAGUCCCAGUCCGGAUUUAAGGGAGGCCUACUUUGCAGUUGGGGAUUACAACAUCAUCAUUGUGGACUACAGUGAUGCGGUGAAGGAACCAUGUCUCAGUCAAAUGGAAUGGGCUCCUCGCUUUGGCAGCUUGUGUAUCUCACAGCUGGUAAAAUAUCUGGCACGGCAUCCACGUGGUGUUCAGCCCGAUGAUCUGCACUUCAUUGGCUACAGCGUGGGUGCCCACAUUGCCGGAUUGGUGGCCAAUUUUCUAAAGCCAGAAGAGGGAAAAAUAGGGCGCAUCACAGCGCUGGAUCCCACGAUAUUCUUCUAUGCCGGAGCCAAUAACUCCCGCGAUUUGGACACCAGUGAUGCUCACUUUGUGGAUGUGAUGCACACGGGCGCUGGGAUACUUGGACAAUGGCAUUCCAGUGGACAUGCUGAUUUCUAUGUUAACGGUGGCACCAGACAGCCCGCCUGUGUGGGAUCAGCCACUUUGUUUCAAACGCUAGCCUGCGAUCAUACCAAAGUGACGCCGUACUUUAUUGAAUCCAUAACUACAAAACGAGGAUUCUACGCCGGACCCUGUCCAAAUCUAUUUACCUAUCUGAUAGGCUGGUGUGAGCCUAAGGAUUCGGAGUAUGUGCUCAUGGGCGAGCACUGUUCUCACAAAGCACGUGGAAAUUAUUAUGUGACCACCAAUGCGAAAGCGCCCUUUGCCAGAGGUUUUCCAGGUAAGGGGCGUGCAAAUGGCGAGUACCAAGGAGUACGACGCUGAGGGAGAAUGGGAACGGUGGAGAUGAAUGAGGAACCGACUUAAAUCUAAGUUAUGUUUCAGAUUGUAGCAUUCUUGUGAUUUUAGAAGCUUGUUUCCUAAUUAUGUAUUUGUAUUUAUUUGCAUUGUUUUUGUUAGUUUUACUGCCGCCAUCGUCGUUGGGAGUAGCUGAGGAUCGAGUCCCAGUUACCCAGCAUAAUACUCCCAGCUCCAAUCAUCCGCGUCUUGUACAAAUCUAAAUCUAAUCAUUAAGUUUUAAGCUAAUGUUUGCUGGAAAAUAAAAGUAGAAUCAAGUGACAUACACAAAAGAA